CUUAGGAGUACAUUUCUCGCGCUCAAAGACCAAAAUGCCUCAUGAAAGACACAGGUCGCGUUCUCGAUCUCCCCUUAGAUCUGAGAAGCGAUCGCGCGACCGGCCUCGAUCUCCACUAAAACCAAAAGUCAUCCCUCUCCCACUCGGCGCAUCACAACUUUCCCGCCAUAGCCUCUCGACCUAUCGACCUAUGUUUGCGCUAUAUCUGGAUAUUCAAAAGCAAAUUGACAUUGAAGAGCUUGACGAACGAGAGGUGAAGGGAAGAUGGAAGAGUUUCGUGGGCAAAUGGAAUCGUGGAGAACUGGCCGAAGGCUGGUACGACCCUCAAACACUAGCAAAAGCCCAGGCAUCCUCGGCUAUACCAGACCGCCGCCCAGCACCCACGUCCAGGACGGAAGACCGGCACGAUGAGGACGAAGAAGGAGAAGACGACGACGAGUUUGGGCCGUCACUACCGAAAUCCUUAACAAGGACAUCCCACUCACACUACGCCUCUGGUGGCGGCGCUAGUCACAGCGCUUCGGUCCCAUCAUUACAAGACCUUCGCGCACGAGAUGAACAAGCUCGAGAAGACGCCGAUCGUGAGCGAGAUCAAAGGAGGCAAAACAUGCGCGACGAGAGAGCAGUGGAUCGAAAGAUUCAAAAAGAUCGACUACAAGAGAUCGCACCACGCGCUGAAGCGGGAACGCGAGAGCGAAUGCUGGAAAAUAAGCGGGAAAAGGCUGACUCGAAUAGAGCAUUUGCUGCAGCAAAGGACUCUGGUGAUGUGGAACUUCGUGAUGAAGACGUUAUGGGCGGAGAAGAUAGUUUAGGUGAAAUGAAGCGAAUGAAAAAGGAGAAUGAGAGACGGAAAAAUGAAAGGGAAAUCCGAAAGGAGGAGAUUUUGAGAGCGAGGAAAGCUGAGAGGGAGGUCAGGUUGGCUGGGUUAAAGGAGAAAGAGGACAAGACUAUGGCUAUGUUGAAGGACAUUGCGAGAGCUAGAUACGGAGGUGGCGUUGGAGAAGCAGAGUCUUGAAAAUUACAUUGUUG